CUUAGGCGGGCACCAGAGCGUUUCUUUACACCGUUACUCCUAUUGAAGUCUGUUCCCCGUUCGCGUGCUGGUCGGCUCGAAGUUUAUAUCGAAGUUUCAUGCCGCACUGGACAUCGGCACGAGCUGCGGAGGGCCUCGCGCUUCGCCUCAAUAUCGAGUAAGAGGAUCAAGGUUGCCGCAACCGUUGCCCAGGAUUACGAGGUCUCUGACAUCCAGUGCAGCGGCGCAGGAUCGGCGGCCGAUCUCCUGACAGCGAAGAUCAAAAGGCCAGUCGGCUUCAGAGGGGCGCCGCUUUUUGCCGACGACAGAUCCGCCAAUCCGCUCACCGACAUUCACUGCCAGAUCAGGCCAGAUCCCAACGAUCCCCAGGAAGAUAACUACUUCCUGAAGGUGACUGACUUCUCGAGAUGCGGCAUCCUGAAGAGAAAUGGUUUCAUCCAUCUACGGAUAUGGUUUCCGGCUUUCCCCGGCGUCGUGAUGUUAGCCGAUCAAGAAUUGAUCUUGAUGUGUCGACCACCUGAGCCCACAUUACUCCGACACAAAGCCGCUGGUUUCGCCGGGACCUUUCCGCACGGAGCGAGAGUGUCUGGGGUCGUCGAAGAGACUCCCGGAAGACUCGAAUACGAGGUAGCCCUUUACCGAGAGGCCACUGGCAACAUGUCAGAGGCGUCGGGGUCGCAGGCUGUCGAUCAGGCCGUUCCCAUCGGCACGAAGCUUCAGCUGAGAGCUCGAAUCAGCCCGGACAGCGCAUGGGGUUACAUUAAGCUGCUCGAGGUGACCGUUAGCCCCGAUCCCGAUCAGCCUCACGCACCAGGAAGCGUCGUGUUGGUGAAGGACGGCUGCAGAAAUCGAGAUUUCGCAUCAAUAAUCCCCCAUCAGCCGGCCCGCUACCGAGAGAGAAAGAACGAGGUUUUCCUCGAUUUCGAGGCCUUUCUCCUCAGCUCGAUGAGGGAACGGUCCACGCUUUGGAUCCACUCUCAGAUAAAGGCCUGCAUGGAACCGCAGGACUGUCAACCGGAUUUCUGCCUGGACCUUUUUGAACCGUCCGGUCAUGGAAAGAAGAGGAAAAGGUCCGCCGAAAUAGCAUCGAGCGAAUUUUUCCCGAAAGUCGAUCGUUUGAUAAAGGAGUAUAAUGACUCCACGCCGUACACGAAGUUUAAAGAAAAUAUUGAGUACACGGUGAUGAUGCCCGACGAUUUAUACCAGAAAGUAGCCGCUGGACUCGAGAACAGCUGCGGCAGCUUUCUUUACGUCGCGACUGGGCUAGGCGCGCUCCUAGUUUUAUCAGCUCUGAUCAUGUGCUAUUUGGCGACGCGUCUUCACAGUUUAUCCUCGACCAUACCGCAAAAUAAAACGAUCGACGAACUGGUACGGGACCGUGCUAGGAAAUACGCUGAACCAGCGCCAGGCUACACAGGCCGGUCUACGGUACAAUAG